AUGUUUAAUAAAGUGACAGUGGAAUUUCGUAAAUUUGGUCGAAAUUGUUAUUAUCUACGACAAGUUCUAACCGAAACUCAACGAUUAUUAGAAGAAAUCUCAUUGUCUAGUCUUUUUCCAGACGAAAAUAUUAAAGAUGCAUUUCUAAAUAAGGAUUUAUUAAUUUCAUUACGUAAAGUAUUGGAUUCGAAUCCAUCAAUUUUGAUAUUGGGUCAAAAUUGUAAUGCAAAAGCGUUGUUAGUCAAUUAUAUUCUUGGUCAAGUUAUUCUACCGUCAAAUGGCUCCAAUUGGCGUUGGGUAAGAAUAGUAUAUGGUCGUACCAAACGUGUUCGAUUAACAAUAGGAUCCGAAUUCGAAAUAGUUGAAAAUUUGGAGAGUCACGAACAAGCAUGGAUGGUUGUACCAGAAGUAGAUCUAUGUCGAUCGGAUGGCGAUUGUCCGGAUUUAAGUACAGUUUUAGAAGUUGAAAUACCACAUCAAGCGUUACGUGAUAAAGUUCAAAUUGUGAUACCACCAGACUUGGACGAUUCUGAUGACAUUCCACGAAUGUUAGUUAAGGGAUUGGAUACUUUACCUGUGAUCUUGUACUCUGUGACUAGUGAUAUACUUACGGAUGAUAAUAUUCUAGAAUUAAUGAAAUAUCGUGAAGUAUAUGAAGAUCUGCCAAUAUUAUUUAUUCGUAUAAGUGGCAACACUGUUAAAUCACACAGUGCUGCUGAACUGACUGAAAGUAAACAACAUGAAUUACAGCAAACAUCGCUCCACACAACAAAUCCAUCGAACAUAUCCAGCAUUUAUCAAAAUCAAAAUCAGAAUCAAAUUGAUUAUCGUUUGCAAGGCUUGUGGCGUCAAUUGGCCAGUUUAGGCUUAUUAAAUGAGACAUUUUGUCAUUCGCAUUCAGUGGAUAAAUUGGAUGUACGUAAGCCAUGUAUUAAUCAGUAUGCGAAUAGUAUGCUGAUUACGUGUACGCAAGCGCCAGACAUUUUAAACACUUACAUUAAGGAAUGUUUACAAUUUCAUAUUAUUCAAGCGUCAGCUACACUUAGUAAGUUACAUAAUGGUUGUUUACGAAAAUUUAUUUUAUACGCUUUCGAUAUGGCACGUGAAAUACAAAUAACACCACGGCGCUUAAUUUAUGCACAGAAAAAAGAGACUGAACUUUAUCAAUCGUUAAUAACAUUGGCGAAUGAAAAACACGAGGAAAUUGUUGGAAUUAUACAAAAUGCAAUUCAAACGUUACGCGCUGAAAUUGGCGAAGAUUUGGAUCAAUAUUAUUCUAAUCUUUCAGCUCAAAAUACGCAACAAACUGUGAAAGUAAUGACGGAUGAGAUUCAACAAUUAGUUUUACGUAAAUUGAGCGAAUCUGUGGCAUCCAAACUAGUAAAAUCCGUGAACUGUCUACAAGAGAGUUUUAUUGGAACAUUACAACGUUGUUUGGAAAACUUGGAGAAAAGUUGGCGAGAACAAGAGGAAAAUCUAUCCGCCAGCGAUGCCAUCAAACAAUUUAUGAAUGCUGCCUACAAUGUUGAUUUAAAGUCCUCCACAUCAUUUUCAUUUGUCAAUACAUUUUUUGAGCGUGUACGAAAAAUUUUCCAUGGUUUUUCUUUGCCAUGGCAUAAUAAUUCACAAAUCCAUUUAAACUCACAAUGGCGUAAACAUGUCGCGUACGAAGUGAUCGAUUCACUGAAAGCGGUUCGUUUAGCGCGAACAAUAUCGAAUCAGUUUAAGGAACGUGUUGAAGCAUCCCAUGACUUGUUCCAGUCGGCUAUGCGCUCCUUAGAAAAUCAUUAUUCCGGGAAGUUAGAACAGACUGAAGAACAUCGUGUUGCAAUUCGAAAGUAUCAUGCACCACGAUUUGCUCGGCUCGCCUUGGAGAGUACAUCCAUGUGUGACAUGGUUCGAUGGGGUAUGCCUGUACAGGGUAAAGAAAUUGGACGUGGACAAUUUGGGGUUGUAUUUGCUUGUGAACCCUGGGGUGGCGUCGAUCCAUGUGCGAUUAAAUCUGUCGUUCCACCAGAUGAACGUCAUUGGAAUGAUUUAGCAAUGGAAUUCUAUUAUACACGAUCGAUUCCCGAUCAUUCACGAAUUGUACGCUUACGUGGAUCGAUCAUUGAUUACUCGUAUGGAGCGGGAUGUUCACCGGCUGUUCUGCUGUUAAUGGAACGCAUGACCAGGGAUUUGUAUUGUGCACUCAAAUCUGGAUUAGAAUGGAAGGUCCGUUUACAAAUUGCCAUUGAUGUUGUGGAAGGAAUUCGAUAUCUACAUUCGCAAGGAUUAGUCCAUCGAGAUAUUAAAUUAAAAAAUGUGCUUUUAGACUGUGAUAAUCGUGCCAAAUUGACUGAUUUAGGAUUUUGUAUUCCGGAAGCUAUGAUGUCUGGAAGUAUUGUUGGAACACCUGUACAUAUGGCUCCUGAACUUUUAUCUGGACAUUAUGAUUCCAGUGUGGAUGUUUAUGCUUUUGGAAUACUUUUUUGGUAUAUUUGUGCUGGUCAUGUUCGUUUGCCUUAUGUAUUUGAACAGUUCCAAAACAAGGAACAAUUAUGGAAUAGUGUUCGAAAAGGAAUACGACCAGAAUAUUUACAAUAUUUCCAUGAAUCCUGUUGGAGAUUAAUGGAACAAUGCUGGGCUGCAGAUCCAGCACAACGGCCAUUAUUUGGACUUGUGCAGCCUCAACUAGAAGAAAUCAUGAGAACAACGUGCGUUUGAAAAACGUCCGUAAAAACUACACCAACAUUUGUUUUUUUUAAGAAAGAUUUUUUAAUAUAUUUAUAAUAUAUUUUUAUAAUUUAAUAUCGUACCGCGUAUUUAAAAAACCAAUCAAAUACACAGUGUUUCAAAAACUACCUACAUAUAUUUACCAUGAAAACACUUUGUUACUUUUUGUUUUAACAAAUAGGGUAUUUUCCAUUAACAAAGCCUUAAAAAUCGUUGAAAUAAUUUAAAUAAAAUUUUUCUCUAGUGGUAAAUACCUUAUUCGGGCCAUUCUUCCCAAAAUUAUAUAUAAAUAUUAAUUCUAACCAGGGUUGUAUAUUUGUGAUGAAAAAUUUAGUAGAUUUUCAUUGAAUGUUUUUUGUUAUUGGAACUCUUAUUAAGUUUUUUUCUAAAUCUGUGAUAAAAUUUUCCAAAUAUUUACCAAGUUUCGAAUCGAAGUAACAAAGUAGUCUCAUUUAAGAAUUUAUGAGUCUCAUAAUAAUUAUAAUAAUAUAUUUACCAAUGCAAGUAGUUAAAUUUAGUUUUUAAGCAUUUUUUGUUUUCUAACAGUGCCUUGUACCAGAGAUACUCUGGGUGCCUUGUACAUCUUGUACAUCUUGUACACCUUUUACCCCGCAACUCGUAAAUAUAAACAUAAUACUCUUAAAAAUAAUUUUGUUUCUUUGUUAAAAUUAGGUACUCAAAUCUAAGGUUUUUCUACUUACGAAUACUUAUUUAAUUUUGAUUUUGAAGAGCCGCUAAAUUCAGGGGCGAGAAAUCCACGAGUAUUAUGUUUAUAUCAUAAUUGUGUUAAGAAUUUUUAAAGGAGACCCUUAAAGUCGUAAUGUUAACAUCCAAAACUGAAUUCAUCUCAUUGUUAAUUGGCGGAUGUAGAUUCGAUAUCACUCUAGGCCCCAUUAUCAGUAACUUUAUAAAUUUUGAGCGCCCCCUCAAAUGUUGCCGCCCUAGGCUUAGGUCUCACGAACCUAAGCCUAAAUCCGCCUCUGAUUGUUUCAAAGUUUUCAAGAAAUAAGCG